UUAAAGAGUUUAAAGAGCAGUUGUCUCAAAGCAAUACGAAGGGCAGAUUUGGUAGGCUUAUGGAGUGAGAGAAAUGUUUCAAUCAAGUGUGUAUGCGUUUCUGUUGUGGAUUGUACUGUUGCUGUUUGUUAAAGACAGCCAUGCAGCAGUAUUAGACGUUUGUAGUGUAGACGCCGCCGUUUGUGAUGGCACCCCAAACACUGAAUGUGACGGAACGAAUUGUGUUUGUUCGGCCGGCUAUAUUGCGACUGAUGAUAAUCUUCAGUGUGCUUACGAUUGUGGAGUUGUAGCAUCACCAAAUAAUGGUGCUGUUGUCAUCAGUGGCGAUAAACUGACCGCAACAUUUACUUGUGAUGCCGGAUUCAAGAUAAAUGGGGCUGGAACAAGGACUUGUGUGGAUAAUACGGGAUGGGAUGGAGCAGACCCAACGUGCGACGCAGGUGUUCUUGGAGACGACUGUUCAACGAACGCAAACCUGUGUAUAAAUAUUGCAAACAGUCAAUGCAGUGGAACAUGCCAGUGUGAUGCUGGGUAUGCGGUCGACGGAGCCGUCUGUACGGACGUGGAUGAAUGCAAUUCCACCCCUUGCCUAAAUAGUGCUGUUUGUGCCAAUCUGUUGAAUGGAUACACGUGCACGUGCGCUGAUGGAUUUGAGGGGACCAACUGUGAAAUCAACAUCGACGACUGCAAUAAUAGUCCAUGUCAAAAUGGAGCUUGUGAAGACCAGGUGAACGGAUACACAUGCAACUGUGAUGCUGGGUGGGCGGGUACAAACUGUGACAAUGAACUUGACGAGUGCCUCUCAAAUCCUUGCCUGAACAGUGCUAUUUGUGUGGAUGGAAUAGCCGGCUACACGUGUACUUGUUCGCAGGGUUUCGAAGGAGUACUUUGUCAGAAUGAGGUGAACGCCUGUGUAGGAAUCACUUGUGAAAACAGUGGUACGUGUGUCAGUACGGCGGGUACCUACACAUGCGAAUGCGCAGGAGGGUUCGAGGGCACGUUUUGCCAAAAUAACACGAACGACUGCGUGGGUAAUUCUUGCCUUAAUCAGGGCAUUUGCGUGGACGGCGUUGGUGGAUACACAUGCACUUGUUUGCAGGGCUUCGCGGGCCAGUUCUGUCAAGAAGAUAUCAACGAGUGCUCGUCCAACCCGUGUGUCAAUAAUGGUGCAUGCGUGGACGGAGAAAACAGGUACACGUGUAACUGCCUGACAGGGUUCACAGGAUCAAACUGUGAGACAAAUAUUGACGACUGCAGCAACACCAUUUGCGGUCAGGGCGUGUGUACGGACCUGGUUAAUGAUUUCUCUUGCGCAUGCAACGCGGGUUAUACAGGAGCUGACUGCAGCACGGAAAUAGAUGAAUGUUUAUCGCUGCCAUGUGAAAACGAAGGAACUUGCGUGAAUUUGGUCAAUCAGUUCAAGUGCAACUGUGCCGCUGGCUACACCGGAAUUCAGUGUGCAGACGAUAUAAACGAAUGCACUGCUAGCUUGUGUCAGAAUGGUGCUACAUGUGUCGAUAGGGUUGCCGAAUAUACAUGCUUGUGUGCCGCUGGGUAUACGGGAGAUUUUUGUGAAACAAAUAUCAACGAAUGCGCAAGUUCUCCUUGUCGAAACGAUGCUACCUGUAUGGACGGUGUGAACGGAUAUGUGUGUGAUUGUGUCCAGGGUUUCACUGGCACAUGGUGCUCCACUAAUAUUAACGACUGCUCCCCAAACCCGUGUUUGAACGGUGGGACAUGUAUAGAUGGAGUGAACAGCGCCACCUGCACUUGUACCGUCGGCCAUACUGGAGACAACUGCAGACCAGCGGUGCUAGGAGACUCGUGUUUUCAGCGUGUUGAUAUAUGCGCCAACAUAGCGAAUGCUGAAUGCAGUGGUGCCGCGGUGUGCGUAUGUAGUGCCGGGUACCUACAGGCUACAGCCGACACCUGCUCAGCUAUUGAUUGUGGUAAUCUGCCUCCUCCUGAUAACGGCGCUGUUGACCACGCGGACGGAACGUCCUACAAUGACAUUGUGGUCUUCACGUGCGAUACGGGCUACCUUCGGAACGGCGCAUCCUCUCUUACGUGUAAAAAUGACGGGACAUGGAGUGGAACGGCUCCAACUUGUGAUGAGGUGAACGAGUGUGCGUCGAACCCGUGCAGCAAUGGCGGUACAUGUGCUGACCUACUUAACGGAUUCACGUGUACGUGCCAUCCCGGAUACGGUGGGAGCACAUGUAUAAGAGAUUGUGGAGUGCCUGCGUCCACUGCAAACGGCGCCGUAAACUACGUCGAGGGGACACUGGUCGGUGCAGAAGCCACGUAUACAUGUGACAAUGGAUACCAGAUGAGCGGUUCUGCCAGAAGCGAAUGUCAAACAGAUGGAACAUGGUCAAGGCAUGGCAUUUGUUUCGUGGUAAACGUUGCUUACGAUGAAGUGUGUUUCGAGACGGCACAGUGUAUCACCACGGGUGCCACGUGUAGAAAUGAUGGCCUGGGCUCAAUCAAGUGCCUGUGUGCGGCAUCUGGGGAGCAGUAUGACACCAACAUUGACGAAUGUCUUUCUGACUGUGGUCAGCUUCCAAACCCAACUGAUGGUGAAGUAUCUAACCCUGAUGUGACGGCUGAAGGUCAAAUUGCGACCUACACGUGUUUCACGGGAUACGGCCUUGUGGGCGACAAACGCCGUACUUGUCAGUCUGACGGCCAUUGGAGUGGAGCACCACCUGUCUGCUCAUUCGGAUGCCCUGAACCAAAUAUCCCACUCAACGGGUAUGUGAACACAAGCGAUGGUCUUGCAGUAGGCCAGAGGAUCUACUACUCGUGUGUAGAAGGUUAUGAAUUGGUUGGCCAGUUUCUCCGUAUCUGCGAGUCAGCCUCAACAUGGAGCGGUACUGAGCCAACCUGUCUCGUCAAUUGUCCCUUGCUAGGCAACAUCGUAAACGGGAAAGUGGACAUGUCUUAUGGCCGUCAUGAAGGAUCUCUGGCCACAUUCGCCUGCAACUCUAACUACGCUCUGGUUGGUGACCCUGUUGUAAAGUGCGAGUCAUCGGGUGUCUGGGGAGGCAUACAGCCAACGUGUGUCUUUGCCAUGUUCCCGGACAUUAUACUCGCCUUUGGAGUGAUCAUGGUCAUCCUGAUUAUUAUUGACAUGUUCAUCGUGGGACUCUGCUUGUAUUACAAAUACUUCAAGGGUAAGGCGGGGCGGGGAAAUAAAGGUGGCUUUCCGGAUAUUUUGACGGAGGAAGGAAAAUCAGGAGCAGCGCCUACAGACGGCAACUUACUAUCGAAUCGGACGUUCACCAAAUCCAAUCUGAAAAAGCAGAAGUUUGCAAAGGUGAAGCCAGAGGGUGCUCAUCCUCCCCCUGCCCACCCAGAUGAGCCCAAUGUCGUGUACCGCUCCACUAUGAAAAUGGACAACUCUGUCCUUUCCAACAUAUUUUCCAAGGGUGGAAAAUACAACCGACCAGAAGAUGACGAAAAGUCUUUGUACCAUGACGACGAGAAAACGAAUGACAACGGAUACAUGUCCCAAAGCGUGUCACAGGAGGACGAUCUCGAUAUCACACAUAUGAGCAAAACUCCUCGAGACGCUAAGCCGAUCAAGGAGGAACCCGAAGGAGAUGAGGAUGAGGAGAGUGGUGAUAGAGGGCGGUUCUGGUUCCAUAUGAGGGCGCCACCAGCAAAUAUCAAGGAUACUCUUCAGUCGGCCGAGAAUGAGGGAGGCAAUCAUGCGGAUGCCAAGAUCCGGUCAACGAGCGCUGCACCGGCGUAUAAGCCAAACAAAAGGCACUAAAAUUUAGUUAGAAUAGUAAAACAACAACAACAGCAACAUUCGAUAUAUGUUAUUGGGUUGUUUAAAAGGUCGUUUGGUGUCAAUUAAUUAUAAAUGAUAAAUGAGUACUGUUGAUUUUAUAUGACCUAGUAAUUUCAGCAAAACAAAACAAGCUAUGAAGCAACUUUAAGAGAAUACGAAAUUGUGGUUAUUAAACAACUCUAUAAAACCAUUAAAUAAAACAACUUUGACAGAAGUCCUUAGACGUUGAUUGGAUAUACUUAUGUUUUUGUUUUUCAUUUAUAAUGAAACAAUGGAUCAUAAUUCAUAAAUAUACCUUUUAUGACAGAAAAUGUAUUUUCAUAACAAUAUAGGUGAUUGAACCUAUUCAGUGUGUCGUCUGCAUAAUAUUCUAUUUUUUUAACUGGUAUGGUCAAACUGGGCCCACAAAUACGUCUUAGGUGUAAGUUUGGGACUAGGAAUUAUUAAUUUGCUUUCACAGACGAAAUAUAUUCAUUAUUUCUGUACCUUUCAUAACAAAUAUGUUCUACAUCAGAUGCUCACCUCAUGCUGAAAUUAGUAACAUUAUAGAUAUUUUUAAUCUUUAAGGAAUUCAGCUGUCUGACUCUGGGUCUGAAAUUUAGAAAGUGAAUAUAGACCCUGUAGUUUCGAUAUAAUCAAUUUGAACAGGUUUUGUAGUAAAAUUCAGUGUUUUAAUUUGUUCAUGGAUUAAAUGUUUUAUACUGAAGGAAGAAAAUGUAUACGCAUUUCCCAAAAGGACGGUUAAAGUAUCCAAUUAUACAUUUGAAAUAAAAGGAUGUGUUUACACUGUUUACUUAAUAAUCACUAUAAUGAUUGAUCAUUGUUUGAAAUGUUUUUCGAGUGUAUAAACUGCUCUGUUCAUUGUGUGCAUUGUUAUGCAAAUAAACAUGUUUUUGUUUGUUA